AUGAUUAGAAUCUUUUUCCUAUCUAUUGGGAAAAGAUCAAGAAAAUCGACCAAAUCACCAAAGACAAUUAAACCUAAACGAAAACAAUUAACUGACGAUGAGAUUAAGAGAAAGAUUGUCAAAUCAAUCGGAUUAACGAUCUCGGAUCAGGACGAGGAAAACUUGGUGAUCCAUUUGAUUGAGGUGGUUCAUUCUUCGUGUGGAUUAAAGAUUACAGAGUCUCCAUUCAAUUCCCAUAAAGAUUGUAUGUUACGUUAUAUUCGUGAAGUGUUCAAUAUUAAUCAAAAGGAAUUCAAGCAAUUAGAACGAUCAGUUCUCAAUAGAAAGAACAAAAAUUUCACUCCCUCGGUUCGAUGUUGGAUUAAAAGAGCUCACGAUUUGCCUUCGACGAGUGCGAACGAUUCGGUUAAUCCUUAUUUCAUUGCUUAUUUGCUUAAUCCGUCGGUCUUGCCACCAACACCGAGAUCACCAUCAACUUAUACAACUAAAUUUGUCAAAUCAAAAGUGAUUAAAAACCAACACAAUCCAAGUUGGAAUAGUCAAGUAAUCGUCCCAGUUAAAGCUGAUUUGGUUACAUCUAAUAGAGGAGUAAUUGUUGAUAUUUGGGAUAGUAAAUCAGCCUCACUUAUCUCAGCAAUUAAAUCCUUGAAACAAUCGCGAUCAUCGACUAAUUGUUUUUAUGGUUGGAGAGAUUUACUCUCGGUGAUUAAUUAUAAAUUGGGUUCUAAAUUAUCAACCGUUGAUCUGAAAAUUGGAUCAACCUCUUUACCUUUAAACACAAUCUCAGCAAUUGAAACUCCAGUUUCAACCAAUUUAAUUGAUUCCAGUGGUUAUCCUGUUGGUAGGAUUGAUUUAAUUAUGGUUUGGGGAUCAACCCGAUUCGCUGAUCCAAUUGAUAAAUUGUCAAUGAUCCCAAUUCAUUGUAAAAUAAUUAGACACUUAAUCACUUGGCAUUGUCACUCGUUAAUCUUUAAAUGUAAAGGUAAAUCAUCAGAAUUACCUUAUUCAUCAAUUGAUUUUCAUUCAUUGUUUUAUAUUCCGGCAUCAACGUUACUUAAUCAACAUCGAAUUCAAAUCAACAUUGGUUAUUGGGAUAAUGUUUUACUCUGUCAUUGUGUUGCUGGUGAUAUGUUAAUUGAGCAGAUUAAAUUGCUUAUUCAAGCUAAUCAACCAAGAUCAGCUGAUGAGAUUUUUUUUCGAAGUUUAUUAAUUUCUUUAUUAUGUUCAAUUGAUUCAUCUGACCCUAAGCGAAAUUAUGAAAACUAUUUCUCUUUACAAUUAAGAGAAAUUAACUUCAGCUUAGCCGAUGAGAUAUUUGAUUUGUAUCGAUCAAUCAUCGCGCCCAUGCUGACAAAUCUCAUUGAGAAACACAAAGAUUACGCUAAUUAUCAUGAGGUUAUUCAAUUGCUACGAUUAUUUGCUCGAUAUGAGAGAUUAUAUAUUAACCAUGGAUUUCGAUAUAAAUUUAAUCAGUUGUUGUCCAGUGUCGUUCUCGCCUAUUUCAAUCAGAAUGUUGGUUCGUACGUUUCUUGGUCCGUUCUGAUAAUUGCAUUGGAAAACUUUCAGGAAACUAUCACUCGUCAUUGGUGCCAGUCAAUUGCGUCGAUUAUUGGUUCUUGUGGUCAAAUCAAAGUACAACGAUUGUUCAAUCGAUCUGCUGUUCGAGUGAUUGAAGAUGUAAUUAGCGAAUGGAGAAAAGAACCAAAGAAAAAUCAUCUUCGAAUGUUGAAUGUUUAUUUUUUCGUUCGAAGAUUAGAUCUGCUAUUUGGUGGUUGCUUGAUCGAAGAGAUUAAUGAAGGUACUAAUAUUCCUUUUUCUCCUGAUUAUGUUCGUCGAAUUGAAAUAGAAGGACCUAAAAAGAUUAAAGAGAAAUCCAAAAGUUCAACCGGAGAAAUUCCUCUUCUGAGAAAUAGCCUAUUCACCAUUUUGAUAAAUUCUUUGGGUAAAACUGGAAAAUCCAAACAGGUUGAUCAGCUGUUUGAUGAUGAUGAAAUGUCCUUAUUGCUACCGAGCUCGAUUGCAGCGAUUACUUGUCAAGCAAUUAACCAAAUACAAGUUAAAUCAUUCGCCCAAGUAACUAUCUCCCCAAGAGAUUUGAGGCUGGGACAAGAUUUUAGAUUUCGAGAUCAUUGUCUUGGCCUCGGUUUAUUGAAAGUGUUUCCCAAUAACCUGAAGGAUAAAUGGUUCGAGAUGAUGAAAAUUCAAGCUCAAGAGAUUGUAGAUAAAUCAAUCAACGAUGAGCUAUCAAGAGAUCUUGAAAAACACGGCACUAAAGUGGGGAAUCAAUUGAAUCGAUUCUUCUACGAUACUUUAGCAUGUACAAUAUAUUUUUUCGUCACACUGGAAGAUUGGUGCGAAGAAUCAAUGGAUAAAUCGAUAAGGUUAUUAUUCAACUCGAUCGAUUCUUUUGCUUCCAAACUGACCAGUUCAUCUUUAGCGAAUGUACUUUCAUCUUCGUCUGAGCAAUUAAAUACAUUUCGUUUAAUACGAACUAUCAAUGGACUGUCCAUUCUACGAUGUAGAUAUUUGCAAAAGCUUCUGAUCGAAAUAUUGACUGAUCGUAAAUCGGAAGAGGUUUGGAAUUGUUAUUGGACCUUUUUCGACCUUGAGACAGUUACUUUCGAUGAUAAAAUUCAACCGGAAACUGAAUUAAUCAAUAAACUAUCUGCCAAGAAUUUAGAUCGAGUGGUUGUCCAGCGUUUAAUGGCCACACUGGUCAUUAUUGAGAGCAUUUGUUUUGAUAUUAAUCGACAUGAAGAUUUACUGAUUGAUAAAGUUAGUGAGAUCUUUUUGAAACAUCAUCUCUCAAUGACCAGGGAAGUUAUUGAAUCAGCUGAUAGAGAACCAUCAUCCCAACAUGAUCAGCAUGAUUAUCAAGAAUUAAUCAACACUUUCCAUGAUGAUUCGGUCAGAAUCAUUUCACUUUUGAAUUCUGACGAUGUUAAAUUUAACCUUUUACUCGACAUGAGACAUAAACUGAUGAUCUGGUUGCCGAUCAUGAUUCGGUCACUUUCCGAGGCUUACGAACGAGAGAAAAAGUCGAAUAAAGGUCAAAGUGUCGUCACGAGAGUUCAGAUAAUUAAACUGUCCAUCAUUGGCGAAGAAUUCCUAUCAAAACUUGGAGAAUUAGCUCGGUCGAUGAAAAGUCAGAAGAAAAAUAGUAUCAGUUCACUUCUGAGUAAACUCAGUUUCUCACUCGAUUUAACUUCCAUUGCCUCGAGUGUUCUCGGUGAAAAACUGGACAAAUCGAAAAUUCCGAGUUCGCUUUUAGAACGAUCAGAUUCUUCGGGAAAACGAUCACAGUCGAAAGGUCGAUUAAGGCGAUGACAAACGAAACAUUGACUAACAAUAACCACUGGCACUUCACCGGCAGUUAUUAAGAACCAAUCAGCGUUAAUUUUUGGUCAAACAUGGAAGAUGCUCUUGUCGAUUACAAGUAAAAUCAAGUUUUAAUUGUCAAGCUAAUCGAUUCUUCAUCCAUGCAAUAAUCUGUCUUCGAGCCGCCGCCAUAAACGAAUUCAUAUUUUUGUUAUUUCUCAGAAUUUAAUUAAAGUUCAAAGUGUUUUCACGAGAAUUCAGAUAAUUAAAUUGUCCUUUAAUGGUGAAAAAUUCUAUCGAUAUUUAGAAAGUUAAUUUUUGUAUCGU